AUGGGUGAGACACAGGUCAGGGAUGAUGGCACAGUUACAAGGUCAGCUGAGGUAAGCCAUUUCCAUUGACAGAGCAAAACACAUCUUUCUCCUCCCCAUAUAGAAGUAAUAUUUGUUUGAAAUAAAAGUACAUCCCAAGAGGAAGAAAUCUUAGUGGCCUUUUAUACUUCCCUUGUAUUCUGCACCUGGUUACAUUAUGAUGUCUAUCUAUAAUUGAUAGUAUGUGUAACAUGUAGUCUUUCUUCUUUAUGAAGUAUGUUGGCUCCUUUCCUGUGGAUGACUGCUGUUUAGAUGAUCAGAUGCAGCAGUUGCACACACAGCUCAAGUCUCUCAAAGUAGGUGCUGAUUACAAAUUAGAAAGCAGCAGUACUUUAAGACAAGUCUUGACUGUUAACAAAGAUUUAUGGUGGAGAUAGGAUCGUGCACAGACCUUUUCAUGGGCAGGUGCUCAAACCAAAAAAAGGGCAUGAAAGCAAUAGGUGGACAUAUCUUAAUGGCUACUUAAAUGACACAUACAGUGGGGGAAAAAAGUAUUUAGUCAGCCACCAAUUGUGCAAGUUCUCCCACUUAAAAAGAUGAGAGGCCUGUAAUUUUCAUCAUAGGUACACGUCAACUAUGACAGACAAAAUGAGGAAAAAAAAUCCAGAAAAUCACAUUGUAGGAUUUUUUAAAACUCGUUACCUGUAUUAAUGGCACCUGUUUGAACUUGUUAUCAGUAUAAAAUACACCUGUCCACAACCUCAAAGUCACACUCCAAACUCCACUAUGGCCAAGACCAAAGAGCUGUCAAAGGACACCAGAAACAAAAUUGUAGACCUGCACCAGGCUGGGAAGACUGAAUCUGCAAUGGGUAAGCAGCUUGGUUUGAAGAAAUCAACUGUGGGAGCAAUUAUUAGGAAAUGGAAGACAUACAAGACCACUGAUAAUCUCCGUCGAUCUGGGGCUCCACGCAAGAUCUCACCCCGUGGGGUCAAAAUGAUCACAAGAACGGUGAGCAAAAAUCCCAGAACCACACAGGGGGACCUAGUGAAUGACCUGCAGAGAGCUGGGACCAAAGUAACAAAGCCUACCAUCAGUAACACACUACGCCGCCAGGGACUCAAAUCCUGCAGUGCAAGACGUGUCCCCCUGCUUAAGCCAGUACAUGUCCAGGCCCGUCUGAAGUUUGCUAGAGUGCAUUUGGAUGAUCCAGAAGAGGAUUGGGAGAAUGUCAGAUGGUCAGAUGAAACCAAAAUAGAACUUUUUGGUAAAAACUCAACUCGUCGUGUUUGGAGGACAAAGAAUGCUGAGUUGCAUCCAAAGAACACCAUACCUACUGUGAAGCAUGGGGGUGGAAACAUCAUGCUUUGGGGCUGUUUUUCUGCAAAGGGACCAGGACGACUGAUCCGUGUAAAGGAAAGAAUGAAUGGGGCCAUGUAUCGCGAGAUUUUGAGUGAAAACCUCCUUCCAUCAGCAAAGGCAUUGAAGAUGAAACGUGGCUGGGUCUUUCAGCAUGACAAUGAUCCCAAACACACCGCCCGGGCAACAAAGGAGUGGCUUCGUAAGAAGCAUUUCAAGGUCCUGGAGUGGCCUAGCCAGUCUCCAGAUCUCAACCCCAUAGAAAAUCUUUGGAGGGAGUUGAAAGUCUGUUGCCCAGCGACAGCCCCAAAACAUCACUGCUCUAGAGGAGAUCUGCAUGGAGGAAUGGGCCAAAAUACCAGCAACAGUGUGUGAAGACUUACAGAAAACGUUUGACCUGUGUCAUUGCCAACAAAGUGUAUAUGACAAAGUAUUGAGAAACUUUUGUUAUUGACCAAAUACUUAUUUUUCACCAUAAUUUGCAAAUAAAUUCAUUAAAAAUCCUACAAUGUGAUUUUCUGGAUUUUUUUUCUCAUUUUGUCUGUCAUAGUUGACGUGUACCUAUGAUGAAAAUUACAGGCCUCUCUCAUCUUUUUAAGUGGGAGAACUUGCACAAUUGGUGGCUGACUAAAUACUUUUUCCCCCCACUGUAUUUAAUGUGAAUUGCAGGCAGUGGGUUCAGAACAACAAUGACAAACUGUAUACAAAGAAUAUAUAUUGUUUUGGCCCCAAAAAAGGGCACUUUAGAGACUGGAAGGAUGUGCCUAACUGAAGUGUUACAUUUUUUCACAGACAUGCAAGAAAAGGAGGUCUGUGUCCCUGAAAUUUUCCAUCAAAGGUGUGAAGAUGUAUGAUGAAGAUGAGACAGUAAGAGUUGACCUUCCCAAAGCAAAGCAAGUGUAUCAUUGUUGUUAGAGCUGUGUGCACUACAUCAACAUUCUUUUUUACUUUCCUUGUCUGUAGACCAUCCUCAUGGCCCAUGCGCUACGAAGGGUCUCCCUUUCCACCGCCCACCCCUCGGACGCCCAGUUUGCCUUUGUUUCACACAACCCAGGCAACCCUGAUGCCCAACUAUACUGCCACCUCUUCAAGGCUAGUCAUGCCAGAGCAGUAAGAACCAGCGUUGGAUCUUUGCCUCCCAAGAUGGUUGUCAACGAAAUCCCUCUUUGAUGGCUUUAAGCUGCAGGUUAUUGUCUCAUUUGUCUCUCUUUGGGUGUGUUCCCUCCCAGGCCCAGUUCCUGAACCUGUUGCUGUGCCGCUGUUUCCAGCUGUCCUACCUGGAGAAGCACCCAGAGGUGGCUCAAGAUGAGUCUGCAGGCCCACUGCCCAACUGCACCCCCUCCCUCCUCAACCAGGGCUUCCCUCUCAGUGUCAGUGCCCUUGUGUCCUUCAGAAGGGCCCCCACUCAGGGCUUACUCCCAGGGGAAAAGGUCAGUCAAACCUGUUUGUUUUAACUUAAUUGUGAAAGCAUUAUUUCUCUGUGCCAUUUUUUUAUUUGUUAUUUGUGUAGCUGAGCCCUGUACAUUGUGCUGGCCUAGCUGUUGACCUGUUAACACUUUCUAUGGGUCUUUAUUGUAGGUCUUCCCAUUGAAGAACAACAGUGCAACAACUGAGGAACAACCAAGCAUCCAAGAGGAGGUCUUCACCUCUCCUUCCCUUGUGCGCAAGAAAGCCAUCCGCAACAAAGUACUGUGCUCAGGGGCCUAUCGCUCCUUCACUUACAGCCCUCACAAACAACGCCACCUUCAGGAUCGGCUUAACUCUCCACAAGGUGGGCCAAGUGUGCAGAGAGCUCUUUCAAGAGUGAAACAGUUCAUUAGGUAAUGCAUACCCUUAGUGCUAUGUGAUGGGCACUCACUCAACGUCUGUGGUGUAGGCAGUUUUCAUGGUAUCGAUUUGUCAUUACAUACACCCUCUGAUAAACUUACAGGCACUUAUUUUUCACAGGGGUCAGAUUUACUGUAACGUUAAAAGCUUUUUACCACGCAUUUAAAUUGAACAUGUUAUGACGUUUUAUGAACUCCUUUAUCACAGUUUCCCUUGAAACAGUAGUUGUACUCACAUCAGUAAGUUUUUCCACUGUGACUCCACUUGAGGUGGAAUGGAAAUAGAUUGGAGGUUAUCCAAAGCAAACAAGCCCCUUGAAAUAUUUCCCUUGAGGGACCUCUUGAAAUGUGAUCAUCCCAAGAUGCUAUGGAAUCCCUUAUCUUGAAUGUGAAACAGGAAAGGGGCAGGACAAAAUACCAGUGAGGAGAGCCCGGCCCCCGAGCCUUGCCGAAACAGAAGAAGCUCUGGCUCAAGCGGUGUGGUGUUGGGCAGGCAUCGCCACGUGAGUCACCACCUCUCAUUUGUUAUAAUAAUAAUAAUAUAUGCUAUUUAGCAUACACUUUUAUCCAAAACGACUUAGUGAUGUGUGCAUACAUUUUUUGCAUAGCGUGGUCCCAGCGGGAAUCGAACCCACAAUCCUGGUGUUGCUAGCGCCAGGCUCUAACAACUGAGACACAUUUACCUGACUCACACUUAUCCCAGAACAGUUCCUUGUGUGCUUUAUGGUGUGUUUGCUUGAUGAGAACUCAUGUCAGUCAUCUCAGGGCUGCCAUUGGUCUUCAACCCCCCCCCCCCCCCCCCCCUUCAUGUGUUACAGUGACAGAAGCUCCUCUCUGCUUGCAGAGGACGUCCUGGGCUCGUACCUCCUGUGCCCGCAUCCUAAGAGAUCUGGCUGUGGCUCUCUCAUCAUUCGUUUCUCUUCUGGCCUCGUCACCCACCUCAUAGACAACACCUAUAAAGGGACAUACCUGCUUGAGGUGAGCUGUCUUAUGGUCAAUCAUUCAAUUUUCAUCAACUUUCUUUAACUUCCAAUUUAAGCUCUUCGUUAAUGUAUUUUCAAUUCGUAGAUAAUAAGUAAUUUUCAUGUUUAUAUACUAGAACUGCCACAUAGAAUUCUGCACCAUUGCUGCCUUGAUAGAGCACUACACAGAGUUCGAGGAGCUGGACUUUCCGCUGAGUUGUGCCCGCGUAAACCACUGCUACGAGUGGGAGGAGAACGUUGGCAAGGCACACCAAAGCUUCAAAAGAAAGAAUGCAAAAUAUAACCAGAGGAAGUAA